AAAACAUAAACCAGACAGCAAUGCUUAUUUCCAAGGAGAUUAUAAAUCCUCAAUUGUUUACUCAAGAGAAAAUUACAGAAAAAUCACCAUAUUACUAUUGAUUCUGGACUAGAAUGAAAAGGUCUAGUCAUGUCUUUCUCUCUACCCCUUUCUUGACCUGAGUUCAAUCUCCAUGACCCACAUGAGGGAAGGAGAGAGACCUCCACAGGCUUGCACACACACAUUUGAAAAACUAAAAUUGUGUUUCUUUUUGUUGUUUUUUUCAAGAGAGGGUUUCUCUGUAGCUUUGGUGCCUGUCCUGGAACUCACUCUGUAGACCAGGUUGGCUUUGAACUAAGAGAGUCCUCCUGUCUCUGCGUCCCACGUCACCACUACCUGAAACUGCAAUUUUAAUGUAUACUAUAAUCAGAGUAGUAGCAAAAUGAGUUUGGCGGGGAAGUAAAGCUCAAGGGUUAAGAAGAGGGCUGGGGGGGGGAGGGGGUAGGAGGCUGGAGAGGUCCUCAGUCCAAUUCCCAGCACCACAAGGUGGCUCACAACCACCUGUAAUGGGGUCUGGUACCCUCUUCUGGCCUGCAGGCAUACACGCAGAUAAAAUAUUGUACACAUUUUUUUUUUUUUUUUGGUUUUUCGAGACAGGGUUUCUCUGUAGCUUUGGAGCCUGUCCUAGAACUAGCUCUCUCUGUAGACCAGGCUGGUCUCGAACUCGUAGAGAUCCGCCUGCCUCUGCCUCCCGAGUGCUGGGCAUAAUAAAUAUUUUUGAAAAAAAUUCUUAAAAAAGAAACCCCUUUUCGUCAAGAUGGCGCCGAAAGCGAAGAAGGAAGCUCCCGCCCCUCCCAAAGCCGAAGUUAAAGCAAAGGCCUUGAAAGCCAAGAAAGCAGUGCUGAAAGGCGUCCACAGCCACAAAAAGAAGAUCCGCACAUCACCCACCUUUCGGCGGCCCAAGACCCUGCAGCUACGAAGGCAGCCUAAAUACCCCCAGAAGAGCGCGCCCAGGAGGAACAAGCUUGACCACUAUGCCAUCAUCAAAUUCCCCCUGACCACCGAGUCAGCAAUGAAGAAGAUAGAAGACAACAACACACUUGUGUUCAUUAUGGACGUCAAGGCCAACAAGCACCAAAUCAAACAGGCUGUAAAGAAACUCUAUGACAUCGAUGUGGCCAAAGUCAGCACCCUCAUAAGGCCCGACGAAGAGAAGAUGGUGUAUGUUCGGUUGGCUCCUGAUUAUGAUGCGCUGGAUGUUGCCAACAAGAUCGGAAUCAUCUAAACUGAGCCCAGCCGGCUGAUUCUAAAUAUACACUCACCAUAAAAAAAAACAAAAAACAAAACAAAAAAAAAAGCUUGUCUUGAAAAAUAAAAAAGUAACAAACAAAAAGAUGGCUCAGAUAUUAAUAGCAUUUGCUGGUCUUACUGAAAACCUGGGUACAGUUCAACAUAGACAUAGCAGCUCACAAAUGAAGCCCUCUAACAACUGAAAAAACAAA